UCCAAAUCUUCUGCAUUCAAUCAAUUAGAGAACGUUUUGGGUGAAAUUGGAUAAAAAGAAAUAUUGGGGUCGAUGUGAAUAAGCGUUCCAUUCUGCGGGCAAAUAUCGAAUUUUAGACAUUUCAGAAACCCAAAAACGACACCGUUUUCAACUGCAGUUCGAACUCGAUUUUGAACCUUUCCGCCAUCUCUGUCACAGACGUGAAGGACGAUGGCAGCAGCCGAUUUCCUCCUUCUUCUACCGAUUCUAUGAAUCCAAGAGAUCCGUUGAGUCGGGAAUCGCUGAGUCACGACUCGUCUCCUCCACCUCUGAUCCGUCGAAAGCAUCAGACGACAACCAUAGUUGUCUCCGAUAGCUCUUAUAAAAGAUCCCGUGACCUUUUGGUCGUAUAAAUUCAGAAAAAGCCCAAGAAUCCGUGCGUCCGUACAUCCCCUAUAUAUACAACCCAAUCCACGCGUACUAAAACAUCGUAGAAAGAGCAUAUUAGUCGUUAUCCAAAAGGUUUCUCCCGAACUUGAAGGUUGUGUUGAUGGCGGUUUCACUGGAGGCGUUAGCAAUGGCGGGAGCUGAUUAUCGUCAAUGGGGCCUUGACAUCGAAGAAUGGGAAGAUCAAGAUUCCGAUGUGGAUCAUGUCCCUCCACAUUUGCUUGCCGAUGAUGAUGAAGAAGAACAAGAAGAACACGAUGAUCAUCAGCCUCGUGAUGAUGAAGAUGGUGAUCGAUGCGAUAAAGAUCUCGAUCCAGUUCCAGAUGGUCGUGUGACAAUGGCUAAGGCGGCUAAUGAUGAUUGCGACAUUAAAGCUUUGGUCGGGAGGGCCGUCAUUCGCUUCCUCAAGCAACUCAAGCUGUAGGCUUAAUUUUGCAUGCGGACAUCUUUUCUUGUCUCUUCUUUUACGGGAUAAUUCUUGUUUUUUUCUUCUCUUGUUUCGAGAUAUGUAA